AUAUCUCCAGACAAGACGGAGGCUGCCGCCUCAACGAGAAGCAGCUCCGCAGACGCGAGCCUCCCUUGGACACAACCUCAGCGGGAGGAGGUCCCACCAUGGCCAGUGGUCAUGAGCCAUAUAUUGAAAUACAUGAGCAACCUAGACAAAGAGGGAUGCGUUUUCGAUACAAAUGUGAAGGAAGAUCAGCAGGCAGUAUUCCGGGUGAACACAGUACUGAUAUCAACCGGACGUUCCCAUCUAUACAGAUCCUGAACUACUUUGGGAAAGUAAAAAUCAGAAUAACAUUGGUAACUAAGAAUGAACCCUAUAGGCCGCAUCCUCACCAGUUGGUUGGAAAGGAUUGUGAAAAUGGUUACUAUGAAGCUGAAUUUGGGCCAGAGCGUAGAGUUUUGAGUUUUCAGAAUCUGGGCAUUCAAUGUGUGAAAAAGAGAGAACUCAAGGAAUCUAUCAUUUCGCGAAUUGCUAAGAAGAUCAAUCCAUUCAAUGUUUCUGAAGAACAACUGUUGACAGUUGAAGAAUAUGACCUCAAUGUGGUGAGACUCUGUUUCCAAGCAUUCAUCUCUGAUGAGCAUGGCAACUGCACACAGCCUAUAUCCCCAGUCAUCUCCAACCCCAUUUAUGAUAACCGUGCACCCAAUUCAGCUGAAUUGAGAAUCUGUCGUGUGAACAAGAACUGUGGAACAGUGAAAGGAGGAGAUGAAAUUUUCCUCUUGUGUGACAAAGUUCAAAAAGAUGAUAUAGAAGUGAGAUUUUUCAUGAAUAACUGGGAAGCCAAGGGGAUUUUUUCACAAGCUGAUGUUCAUCGUCAAGUAGCCAUUGUCUUCAAGACACCCCCAUUUUUCAAAGAUAUCACAGAUCCUGCAACCGUGAAGAUGCAAUUGCGAAGGCCCUCAGAUCAGGAAGUCAGUGACCCUAUGGACUUUCGAUAUUUACCAGAGGAAAAAGACCCUUAUGGUCAUAAGGCAAAAAGGCAGAGGUCACCAAUGGCUUUACAAAAGCUCAUUCAAGAUUCUGGUCCCUAUGAGAGGUCUAAUGCUGCUCUGUUCCAGACUGCUACCAGUGAAGAAAAAUUCAUUAAGAAAGAAUCAAAUAUAUUUUGCUCACCGAUUGAAACAGCCAUUCCACUGCAGAAAACAUCUACAAGCACCCCUUCAUUGCAGCCAUAUUAUUCCCCUCCUUUAAACCACUUAAGUUCCAAUGGACAUCCUGGUCCACCUUUUCAAAUGACAGAGUCCAUUAAGCAGGAUGGGGUUCUGCCAUCUUGCUGGCAUUCCUCUGUUUCACCUUUAAGUGUUUUGCUGCAACAUAGAAACUUGGGUGAUGUGUUGCAUCCUACAAUGCAGAAUGGUAGCUCUCCAUUUCUUGGACAGGAAAAGAGUCUGAACUGGGCCAGUCAGAAAGAGGGGAACAUUUAUCAAGGGUUCUUUGCAACAAUGAAUGACCAUGAGUCAACAAUGACAUCAUCAUCACCUUCACCAUCAGUAUCUCAGCAAGAUAUGCAGAAUGUCUCCAGCACUAUCGACAGCCAGUCUAUUCAUCCAGUAAAUGUGGCAGUGUCCAAUGGCAUUAGCAUGGAGAUGGAAGACUCCAGAUGCUCAGAUGUUAACUUGGAAAAGUCAUCUUUUGUUCAAGCUUUAAAUCCAAGCAAUCACAGGAAGAAAGUCCAACCAUUGCUGCCUCCUGCCCUAUCAACAGUAACCACUUCUAGCUUAUCUUUGACCUCUAUGUCCAAUAUUUUUGAGACACCAACUUUUCAUUAUCUGGCUAGCCUUAAUGAAUCAGGAUUGCCCAGCAAUCCAAACACCAUAAAUAUAUCAAAUUUUGAUACUUAUAGCACCCAAGAUGAUGAGUUCCUAAAUUCCAUUGGAAGCAAUUUUGAUAGUAUACUUUAAAUAUAAAGUUUAAUUGAAGCUGACUGUUGUUCAGGUACAGUAUUCAGUGAUUUCUUUCAAUA